AGUUUAGCCUGCACUGGUCAUUACUGUAGAGAAAAAUCUCGUAGACUAGCGCCAGGUAUGAAAGCUUCGUCCGUUUUAUGAGAGAAGACUAGAGAGAGAAAGGGAGAGGCUUUUCUGGUGACGAUCCACGACUUUAUAGCUUUUUAACGGAGUUGAGAGAAAAUCAUCACUUUACUCUGCCACAGGGUUGCAUCUGGUGCGCUAUCGAUCCGUUUCAGUUAGAAAACUGAAACAGAGAAAUGAAUAAUAGUGUAGUUCUUAUCAUGGAGCCUGAUUGAGAACUAAAAGUCCGUUGCUUGGGGUAGUUGACUGCCCUGUUAAGUGGUAGAAAUUGAGAAUGGAACAAGUAAAUAAAAUUUUCCUAAAGGAUCAGCAGAAAAACCCUGAACAUAUAAAUUAUAAUUCUGUGGAGAGAAGGAAUGAGGGUGGUGUGGGAAAUUUAAACCAGAUGUAUAGUCAGGAUCCUUCCAACUAUAUGAAUAUGAGUGUUAGACCAGCUGAUGUUAAUUCAAGUGCUGGUGCAAGACCUGUUAUGAACUACUCCAUUCAGACUGGUGAGGAGUUUGCUCUUGAAUUUAUGUGGGAAAGGGUGAAUCCAAGGCAGCCAUAUAUUCCAAAUCCAUCUGUUGAGGCUAAUAGUGAAAGAAGACCUGUGGAUCUACAGAGCAUGCUUGGAGCAUCUCGUACUGGCGGUGCUGAGAGGGGGGCUGAUACUUCCUUGUUCCCCUCUAUCGAAAAGGGUGGAGUUCAAAAUCCUUCAAGCAAUCCUCCCAUAAGAGAAGAAAAACCUAUUGGCCCGCUGCCUCAAUCAGGGAGUAGAAACUCAUUGAAACAGUCGAGGUCUCAAAACUUCCGUAGUCAUUCUUCUUUGGGAUCAUCUAGUGGCUCAUCCAGGAGACUGAAGCUGCUUUGCAGUUUUGGGGGUACAAUUAUGCCUCGUCCAAGUGAUAGAAAACUUAGAUAUGUUGGAGGUGAAACACGCAUUCUCCGGAUUAACAAGGAUAUUUCAUGGGAGGAGCUUAAACAAAAGGCAUCUGCGAUGUAUAAUGAACCUCAUUCUAUUAAGUAUCAACUUCCUGGUGAGGAUCUUGAUGCAUUGGUAUCAGUAUCCUCUGAUGAGGACCUACAGAACAUGAUGGAAGAAUGUAAGGCUUUUGAUGAUGGUGGAUCCCAGAAAUUAAGGAUUUUUCUCAUUUCAAACAAUGACUUGGAUGAUUCUCAGCUUGCUCUUGAAAGCACAGACGGUGAAUCUGAGAUUCAAUACGUUGUUGCAGUAAAUGGUAUGGAUUUCGGUUCAAGAAGAAACUCAAUUAAUGUGGACUUGGGGAACAAUUUGGAUGAGUUACUGAAUUCCAGUGUCGUAAGAGAGACUGGACAAGCAGGGGUCAGCCUCGCUACAGGAAGUACUGUACAUCCAGAACAUGUCUCAUCUUUAUCAAAUUUAUCUUCCCGAGUAGAGCUGCCAAGUUCAUCAUAUGCUUUAGAGGCAGUAGGUUACCACGCGCAUGCUGUCAAGCCUGAACAGCAGCCUGAAUGGAAUUUGUCACGUGGUUUCCACCAAAUGAGCGUCCUUCCUACCGCUGAAGAGAAAUUAAGAGUUCCAUCAUCUGGCACAUUACAAUAUGAUUAUGGUUUUUCUACAUCAAAUCAUGCACCACUUGCGCAGAACGCAGUCCAGAAUCCUACCAUUGGGCAUAUGGGUCCUCAGAAGGCACUUAAUAUGGAAGAGCUCUAUGGAAGUUAUAAUGCUAAGGCACCAGGAGUAUCAGGAACAGAGAAAAACAUGGAUUAUAAAAAGGCUCUCCAGAAAAAAACUGAAUCUCAUACAGAUCCAGAAGGUUUUCUGAUGGGUCCUCAGAAGGCACUUAAUAUGGAAGAGCUCUAUGGAAGUUAUAAUGCUAAGGCACCAGGAGUAUCAGGAACAGAGAAAAACAUGGAUUAUAAAAAGGCUCUCCAGAAAAAAACUGAAUCUCAUACAGAUCCAGAAGGUUUUCUGAUGGAUACACAUAUGAACAGAGAGAAUGCAAUCAGCAUAAGUAGUGUCGUCACUGAAGUUCAGCCUCCUGAUGAUGGGAAGACGGCGUCUUUAAAUGGAAUAUCUGCUCCUAGUGUUGCUGCAGACAAGGGGACUUCAAUGAUGCAAACAAAAGGCAGUGAAGAGAACCACGAACACACACAGAAUUACAUGCCUUUAGAUAGGCCCGACAAUGAUGGUAAUGCUUCAUCUGGUGCAGCAUUCAUGCCUGGUCAGGGUGAACAUGAAGCAUAUACCAAAGACAUCAGCCACGAACCAGAUGUUCUUCCUCAACGCGUCUUCCAUUCAGAAAGAAUACACAGGGAAUUGUCAGGACCAAACCGGUUGUUCAAAUCUGAUGAUACUUUGGGUCCACAACUCCUAGUGACUCGAUCAGAUGUGUCGCAUCAGAUCAUUGAAUCUGUUGAUAAGUUAACUGAUUGGAAUGUGACAGCCACUCCUGAAAGUUCUUUUGCCAAAUCAACAUAUGUGGAUUCCCUAGCUACUGAAGAGAAAUUAAAUGGGUCUUCAAAUUUGGCAGAUAAUGACCGUGGCAUCAGUGCAACAGCUUCUUCUGUUCAUGAUAGAAAUAAAUCAGAAAACAAGGCUGAGCUGAGUUCUGCAGUAUCUCCCAUUGAUGUUACUUCUACAACAAGUCCCAUAAUAAACCAAGAAACUUCUGAGUAUCCCCAAGACGAAUCUGCUCAGACAUCAAUGGGAGUUCAUCAGAACAGGCUGGAUAAAAACACCAAUGACGGAAAUUUGCAGGAUAUGGGUAGGGUAGAUGUUUCUUCUGGAGCUACUUCCCAAAGUAAUCCUCAUUUUGGUGCUGGAACUUCAGUGCACGAAAGCAUCCUCAUCGACAUUAAUGAUCGGUUUCCAAAUGAUUUUUUAUCUGAUAUAUUUUCUCAGGCUAGAAUAGCGGAGGGAUCUGCUGGCGUUACAGCACUUCAUGACUAUGCUACUGGUUUGAGUGUGAACAUGACUAAUCAUGAACCUCAACGUUGGUCAUUCUUCCAGAAUUUGGCACGAGACAAUCCCAGAAAGGAAAGUUCUCUUAUGGAUCAGGAUCAUCCGGCUUUCUCAUCUUCUCAAGCAAACAUUGGAGAAGAAGCAUCCCGGAAUUAUGGUUAUCCACACCUUGAUGCUGGUCAAGUUACAUCAGAGAAUGUAGAUUCCAGUAGAAAUCUCAAUGCUGAAAAUCAGAGGCAAUCAUCUGUCCCUCCAACACCUGAUGCAAUAAAUUUCCCUUUGCCUUCAGAUUAUGAUACAUCUCUGGCUACUGGUGUUCAAAUUAAUCAGCCAAUGACUUCAAGGGCGGUUGGGUCUAAUCAUGAGGAUGGGAAGACAGCAACUCAGCCUUCUGGAUUCCCAGUCGUUGACCUCUCCCAUGGAGACUUUGAUUCCAGUAGCCUGCAGAUUAUUAAGAACAUAGAUCUUGAAGAGUUGAGGGAAUUGGGUUCUGGAACAUAUGGGACGGUUUAUCAUGGUAAAUGGAGAGGAACAGAUGUUGCUAUCAAGAGGAUCAAGAAAUCCUGCUUUAUGGGACGAUCAUCUGAGCAGGAAAGAUUGUCAUCUGAGUUUUGGCAUGAAGCUAAUAUUCUGUCGAAUCUUCAUCAUCCAAACGUGGUUGCCUUCUAUGGCGUCGUGCAAGAUGGCCCUGGAGCGACACUUGCAACUGUCACAGAGUACAUGGUCAAUGGGUCCCUUAGGCAUGCUUUGAUUUCCAAGGAGAGGCAUCUUGAUCGUCGCAAGCGACUCAUCAUUGCAAUGGAUGCAGCUUUCGGAAUGGAAUAUUUGCACUCGAGGAACAUUGUGCACUUUGAUCUAAAAUGUGACAACCUGCUCGUCAACUUGAAGGAUUCAUCCCGGCCAAUAUGCAAGGUAGGUGACUUUGGCUUGUCGAAAAUCAAAAGAAAUACACUGGUCACUGGCGGUGUCCGGGGCACCCUUCCAUGGAUGGCUCCCGAGUUAUUAAACGGUAGCAGCAGCAAGGUUUCAGAGAAGGUCGACGUCUUCUCUUUCGGGAUCGUGCUUUGGGAGAUCCUCACGGGGGAGGAGCCCUACGCCAAUAUGCACUAUGGAGCCAUCAUUGGUGGUAUAGUGAACAACACGCUGCGGCCACCGGUGCCCAACUUCUGCGACGCCGAGUGGAGGCUGCUGAUGGAGCAGUGCUGGGCUCCGGAUCCGUUGCUCCGGCCGACGUUCACGGAUAUCGCGAGACGUCUGCGUGUAAUGUUGGCAGCAUGCACCACCAAAGCUCAAGCGAUUGCAGCGCAGAACCAGUUGCUGUCUAAGUGAUUUUUGUGUUUAUAAGAGUUUUUCCAUUUAAAUGGGGACACAAUACACAUGUAUAUGUAUAUGUUUACCUAUAAUCAAAAACAGAAAAAAAUCAAGUUAUUUUCCCCAUAUUUCUCCUUGCAGAUAAUGUACAGGAAGAGAGUGUUUUAUAUGUCUGUACAAUAAUAAAUAAAAGUAAAUUGUGUUAAUUA